AUGAUCAUCACCAUGGAAUCGCCUUCAACAUACCAACCCGAAAUAGUCCACACAUCCGUCCCAAUGACACCCCCUCCCGAGAAGGCAGACUGCGGCCGCCAGCAGCAGCAGCCCCUGACGAUUGUGCCGCCACCACAACCGCAGGGUGUUGAACCUCCAACGCCAGACUCGCUACCCAAGGACUUCCCCUCUGGCCACUGUUCGACAAGCAGCGAGAGCAUCUGUUUCAGCAGCAGACGCCAGCGGAACCGCCCUCGGCGUCAAUCCACCCCCGCGUAUGAACUUGCGUGCUCGCCCCGCGACCCCUUGUCGCUCCACACGGAACGAGCCUACCUCCACCAAGAGCUCAUGAGGCACGCGGCAUGGUCUCAGAAACUCUACCGAGAUCACUGCCUGGCGAAUGAAACCUUUAGAGCCGCCGGCAACGCCAAAGAGCAGCGUCGGUGGAAGAAGAAGCUGAGUCUGCUGCGAGAGAAGAUCAACGAGGCCGCCUGCCAGGAACGCGUCAUCUACCAGCGCCUGGGCGACUUGACCUUUGCACUCUCUAGCCAGGAUCGGUGGACACAUGCUCAGCGUGCCACAACCCUGACCUACUCGCCAACGACACUGCCACGGAUGGACUAUGCGACGGACUGCAAGGAGCCCAACACGCCCCGCGUUCUCAAUGCUACCUCUCCGACGUUUGUGCCUCGGAGCGUGUCCUUGAACACGUGCUUGGAGCCCGAGCGAGGGCUGGAUCCAAUCGGGGAGGAUGACGAGGGCUAUGCCGAUGUCGUUGAAGACCAUUCUAGCAGCGAGGCCGGGGAUAUAGAGGCGUCGGCCCGCGAAAGACGAUGCUCCUUGUCCUCGCCCGUCUGUUCGCCUCUGGAGAAGCGUCUAUCUCUGCCGGAUCUGCCGGCCUUGUGGUCUUGA